CGCGGCGCCUUUUCCGGUGGUGCUGCUGAGGGAGCGGCGCGGAGCGGAGCGGAGCUGGCCCCGAGCCCCGCCGGGCCGUCCUCAGGCUAGGACGCCGAGCCGCCGCCCUCUGAGCCGGCAUCCAUGAGCUGAGAGGCGCCGGGGCGGGAGCCAAAGCAGCGAGCCGGGCGGAGUCGCCGACGCCUGAGGCCCGGCGGAGGAGCGGAGCAGAGCGCGGCGCGGCCACUCUUUCUGAUACCGCCGAGGCCUCCCCUCUCCCCCACCCCUUUCCUCCCGCCCUGCUUCUUCCGCAGCCGCCCCAUGCGCGGCCGGCGUUGAGCUCCGCCUGCCCUUGCCCUGACACCCCCCCCCCCCCUUCGCCCCCUUCGCCCCGCCGGGCCGGUCCCGCUCCGCUUCGGCCCCCGCCCAGCGCGGGCUGCUCGGGUGGGUCGGCGCUCGCCCUCGGCUCCACCCCACCCCCCACCCCGGAGGCGCCGGGCCCCUUGGAUGCCGCCGAGAUGGGCAAGGUGCUGUCCAAGAUCUUCGGCAACAAGGAGAUGCGGAUCCUGAUGCUGGGUCUGGACGCGGCUGGUAAAACUACCAUCCUGUACAAACUGAAGCUGGGCCAGUCCGUCACCACCAUCCCCACCGUGGGCUUCAACGUGGAGACGGUUACGUACAAAAACGUCAAGUUCAACGUGUGGGAUGUGGGGGGCCAGGACAAGAUCCGUCCCCUCUGGAGGCACUACUACACGGGCACGCAAGGCUUGAUCUUUGUGGUGGACUGCGCCGAUCGAGACCGCAUCGACGAGGCCCGCCAGGAGCUCCACCGCAUUAUCAACGACAGGGAGAUGCGGGACGCCAUCAUCCUCAUCUUCGCCAACAAGCAGGACCUCCCCGAUGCCAUGAAACCCCACGAAAUCCAGGAGAAACUGGGCCUCACCCGAAUCAGGGAUAGGAAUUGGUACGUGCAGCCCUCCUGUGCUACUACAGGGGAUGGACUCUAUGAAGGGCUGACAUGGUUAACGUCCAAUUAUAAAUCCUAAUGAGAGCAUUUAACUAUUUAGUCUACAAAGAAUUAAAGAAAACAAAACAAACCGACAAAUAACCCACAUGGCUUUCUGGAAGAAUGAUUCUCUACUGAAAAGUAAAAGCAUCCAUAGGAUUAUGAUCACCUUUCUCCAGUUACCACCCUUUCCUUCCGCACACUUGACUGGAUUCCUGUUUUAACUCUUUGCUUGGCGUUAGGAUGCUCUAACCUCCGAAUGUGACACAUGAACACAAGCACUAGAUGCUAUGGCAGACUUCCAGCAAGCAGGGGAAAGACACAUUGUAGACUCGCUAAGUAACUUCUUUUUUUUUUUUAAUUAUUAUUUUAUUUUAAUUUUUUUUUCCUCCUUGAUUAGCCCUUAAGAAGGUUUGAUUAUUCUGGGGGAUGGCUGGGGAGGGUUUGUUUUCAGUGUAUGCUUUUUCUGGUUCCUUUUUUUUUUUUUUUGGGGGGGGGGGGGUUAAUUUUUUUUUCUCUCCUUCACUCACUUGCUGUAGAUUGCUACAUUUUUGCCUUCACGCCGAAAAUAUGUUGCUAGGUCUGCUUCAUCUAGUAAACUGAAAAUUAUUGCUUAAAAAAAAAAUCAAACUGCAGUCUGUCUUUUUAAUACUGAAGACUCUUUUUUUUUUUUUUUUUUUUGUUCUCUUAAAUUUCUGUUAAUCUGUAACUAAAUAGUGACUCUCAGUCUUCAUCUCUCGGCCUCAUAACGCUACGAAUCCUUGCCUGCAGCGGCAGAUAGCGUGGAUAUCACUGUUCAAAGUGCAUAUCAGGCCCUAGUGCUCACCAGGUAACGUAAGAACUGCUUUGAAAUGUCAGCUGGGGAGUUCUGAACCAUACAUCAUGCAUGAGGAGGCAACUGAAAGAAGUUCCCCAUACCACACAGCAACCAUAUAGCCAAUAAGACAUGAAGGCUCUUUGUAGUUCCAGGGUAGAUGCUCUUGAGUUUUGCCUCUUGUAUUGCAAAGUUUAAUGUUUAGCUGCGGUUUGGGGGUUUUUUUGGUCGUUUGUUUGUUUUUACUCCUCGUGUCGGUCUCUUGAGUCAGAGCAAGAUGGGUCCCUUCCAGAAAAUGCAGCAAUAACAUGGCAGUGUCACAAAUUUGACUUUAAAUUGCAGAUCUUAAGGCAAAAAGCUAGCAACCGGCUUGCCUGUCAAACUACUUUCAUCUCAAGACGGUUGAAAGCAUCUACAAAAAAAAAGAGUUGUUCUGAUUCUUUCUGAUGUGCUCAUGGAGAAAGAAGCUUUAUUAUUUCCUUUUCCAUUUUGUAGACUUCCGUGCUAAGCUCUAAGUGAGCUCAGACCUCCUGCCAUCUGAAAAAUAGCCAUUUUGAGGGGAGGGAGGAAAAAAAAAGUCCAACCCGCUCAUGGAUUUAAGUUUUCCACAGCUCAACUGAGCUCCUGCAGGUAGUCGCAGCCUUCAUCAUCCGUUGUCUCCGGCAGCCGGUUGUUGCUGUAGGUCCUGUAGGAAGGGAACUACGUCGGGAUGUCUGCAGCCCAUUGAGUAACUACUCCUGAUGAGAGCGGGGAGGAGGAAAGGGAACAGCGAGUGAGGGAGUAAACGACUAUGAAUGUAAACUUCCAUAAUUAGUUCUUAAAGGGCAAGCAGCUCAUUUGCCAUUUCACAGCUUGCAGAAGUGACUGGCAAAAAACCAAACCCCAAACAUCCCAUCCCGCCCAGACAAAGUAUUAGCCUAAAAACUCAAUCAAGUGUUAAUGCUGGGUGCACAAAACGUUAAAAGCAGCUGGUUCUUACUCAGCCUUAAGGAUUAACUUAAGAUUUCCUCAAGGAGUUAAACUCCAUUGGGGAAUUCUAGGAAUGUAUGCUACACAACCAGAAGAAAUUUUUUUUUUGUUUAGUUUUGGUUUUUUGUUUUGCUUUUUUUUGUUGUUUAUUGUCAAAGAUUUUUACGUGAAACCAGGGGGGGCAUUACACUACAGUUCUGCGGUGUUGACUUUGCAUGCUGAGUACAUUGUAUAUGGAAGCUCUUAACCAAAGAUGUAUGGGAAGAUAAAAAGCAUACUGAGUUUGCUUCUGGAAUGCUUUUGGACCACUUCAAAGUUCCUUUUAGAACCUGGUUCCAAAUGAUUUCUCUCAAUGCGGGGACUGAAUGGGGUCUGGAUGCUAGAAGAUAGAGCACUGAUUGACUAGAAGCCUUUAUGGUGGAGAGUCUGCAGCAGCUAAAUGUAGAACAACUUAAACCUCAGCUCCAGAGAAGAGGAGAUGAGAUGUUUUUUUUGUUUUCCUUAAGGCUUUUUUGCCACUGGAAUGUCAUUGCUCUAUUUUCUAAUUGGUUGUGUUUGGGUUUUUUUUGGGGUUGUUUUUUUGUUUGUUUUGGGUUUUUUGGUUGUUGGGUUGUUUUUUUUUUUCUGUCGAUGUAACUUAACAAAUAGUGUGGUGGUAUAAAGACUCAAAAACUACAAGAAUCUGGUGACUGUUUUCUUCUGGAGCGUAAAUAAAGCAGCCAAGCACAAAGUAAAUGCCUAAACUGGAAAACUUGAAGCUCUAUUAAUGGUUCUUGAACUUUCUUAAAUCUCUUCUCAGUCAACAUGAAACUUCAAUCACUUCUUUUUUUGGUGUCCAAGUUGAUUUAUGAUGUUUCCAAGCACUGGGGCAGAAUUCCUUCUCUAGACUUUACGCUAAGUUGAAUCCAUAAUUUUGUGUUCCCUUAGUGACUUUGUUAUUCCAUUUUUUUUUUCUGUAGGUGAAAGGAAACUGGUUUAUGCUUCUGAAUUAUUUUCUUGUUUGGUUUUUUUUUUUUUGAGUGGGGAGGUUGGGAGAGGGAGGGGGAGAAAAAAGUUACUGAAACGUGAUGGAGAGAACAAAAAUAAAUGGCCAUUGCCGCCGAAUCACAGAUCGAGGUUUCACUUUCAACACAUCCUUUCUAGGUUGUAGCCAAAGCUCACCAUGGAAUAGUGGCCACCAGGCAGCCAAGCAGAGCCUGUGGGAGCAAGUGGCAAAUUCUGUGAGGAAAUGCUAUGAUUUGGAAACUUAAUUUGGAGGUUCUAAUAGCGCAUCAACUUUUGUGUUCGCGUGAAUCUAUGGAGUAAGUUCUGAAUGGCGUUAAUUCGUGUCCCAUAAGUGAAUGAGUUUGUAGACUGUGAUCUCCCUAACUAAAAAGUAAACAGGAAUUUCUUUUCUUUUAGCUCUUUUUUUUUUUUUGUGUUCUCAGUAUGGCUGUAGGUGUUGGUAAAGAACUAAUAAGCAGAAAAUAAAGCAAUUAUACAGCAGA